AUGGUCGUAAAUACAGAUAAAACCACCUUUCAAUUGUUUUCCCUCAGUACAAAACAUCACGACAUUCAACUUCAGUUUAAUGACAAGGAUCUGAAUAGAAUUUUUGAUACUGUCUACUUGGGUAUUCACUUAAACACAAAAUUAACUUGGACGAAACAUGUUAAUUCAGCCGUUGAUAAAGGAUAUGCCAGAUCAAGACUAUUGAAACGUUUAGCUAGUGCCACUUGGGGCUCAACCCAAGAUGUCUUGUGUACAGCCUAUAAAAGUUAUGUUCGUCCUGUUGUUGAAUAUGGAAACGAAGCUUUGAUAACCGCCUCAGACUCCAUUAAAAACAAAUUUGACCUAUUCCAAAACAACAUGUUGCGAUUGAUCACUGGUGGUGCUACAUCAACCUCCAUAGUUGCUAUGGAACUUCAGAUUGAACUAGAACCGUUAAAUGAAAGGUGCCAAAGCGCUGCCAUAAACCUCGUUGAAAAAAUCUUAUGA